GAGAGAGAGAGACCUAGACUAACAGAGAGAAACAGAGUAGGGGAGAGAGCCUACCCGGGUUAGCUGUCAUCUAGCGAAACAGGGAAGGGCACGGUGGGACAUGGAGACGAAUCCUACCCUAUUCUGUUAUAAAUUUGUCGUAUCCUGUUAAUAUUUCUUUAUUUACAUUAACCUCAGUUCAGUUUAAAUUUCUGGGCUAUUUUUAUUUUAUUUUACAUACUUUAGACAAACGGUGGCUAAGCUAACCGGUCGGCUCGGCUGUGUGCGAAGUGUAAACGCGUUACACUGAAUAAAAACUCCUCAUGGCUUCAAUCCUCUUCUCCAGGUCCAGAACACCUUUCACCAAAACAUCCCACUCUCUAAAGAACCAGUUCAGAAAAGGUGAACUGCAGAACGGUGCCUGUUUCAGCUGCACAGCACUCAGACACUCCAGCCACGAACCAGUCCGACCAGUGUCAGAAGAACACAUCAGUCUCAACCAUAGGUGUGGGGUCUCACAGCGUCUGUACUGCUCCCUCCUGCUGAGGCCUCCACCUUCACUGUACCCUGCCAUCACAACAUGGACUCGUUGGACAAUUGCACAACCACAGGAUAUUGCAGGUGUCAGGUGGAUACACACAUCAAGGACCAGGUGGGAUGAUUCCAAGGUGGAGAAGUCCCUGCGGUCAUUAAAAGACAAGAAGAAGCUGGAGGAAGGAGGACCGGUCUACAGUCCAACUCUGGAUGUGGAACCUGUGAAAAGGACUCUGGGACAAAAGGUUGUGGAUGAAAUCAAACAUUACUACCAUGGUUUCAGGCUGCUCUGGUUGGACACCACCAUCGCAGGGCGGAUGUUGUGGAGGGUACUGCACGGAAACGUGCUCUCCCGAAGAGAGCGGAGACAGUUUCUCAGAACUUGUGCAGAUGUCUUCAGACUCGUUCCCUUCCUGGUCUUCAUCAUCGUUCCCUUCAUGGAGUUCCUGCUGCCUGUUGUCCUCAAACUCUUCCCCAAUAUGCUGCCGUCCACAUUUGAGACCCAGUCCAAGAAGGAGGAGAGACUGAAAAAGGAGCUGAGGGUCAAACUGGAAAUGGCAAAGUUCUUACAGGACACCAUAGAGGAGAUCGCGCUGCGAAACAAAGCUUCGCAGGGCAACGAGACUGAAGAGUUCUCUACCUUCUUCCAAAUGAUCAGAGACUCUGGGGAACGUCCCAGUAACGAGCAGAUCAUCAAAUUCUCCAAACUGUUUGAGGAUGAGCUGACUCUGGAUAACCUGACUCGGCCUCAGCUGGUGGCUCUCUGUCGCCUCCUGGAGCUCCAGUCCAUCGGUACAAACAACUUCCUGCGUUUCCAGCUCAUCAUGAAGCUGAGAACGAUCCGAGCUGACGACAAGCUGAUUGCAGAAGAGGGAGUGGAGAGUCUGAACGUGAACGAGGUGCAGACUGCCUGUCGUGUCAGAGGGAUGAGGUCACUGGGGGUCACAGAGGAACGACUGAGAGAGCAGCUCAGCCAGUGGUUGGAGCUGCAUCUGAACCAGCAGAUCCCCACCUCUCUGCUGCUACUGUCACGAGCCAUGUACCUGCCUGAUACUCUGUCUCCAGCCGACCAGUUGAAGACAACCCUGCAGACGCUGCCUGAGAUGGUGACAAAGGAGGCCCAGCUGAAGGUGGCAGAGAUAGAGCUCUCCAAAGUGGACAACAAGACCAAAGUGGAGACGACGCUCCAGGAAGAGGCUGCCAUACAGCAGGACAACAAGGAACGAGAGAUGGAGAAGUUGGCCGAUGCUGCUGAGAAGUUUGCCAAGGAGCUGGAGCUGGAGCUGGAAACAGAGAGGAUGAAGCAGAGUGAGGCACAGGCUGAUGUUGAAACACUGAAGGACACAGCUCCAGUCAUAGAGGCUGUCAAGUUCCAACAGUGGCAGACAUUCCUGUGCUUCCAGAGCGAGGAGAUCACCAAAGAGGAGAUUGACAUGUUGAGUGACGCCUGCACCAAACUGAAGGAGCAGAAGAAGCUGCUGACCCUUGAAAAAGAGGAGUUGGAGGAGCUGAAGGACGAUGUCCAGGAAUACAGCGAGGAUCUGGAAGAAAUAAAGAAGGAGCUGUCCAAGAGUGGACAGGAGAAGACGUUGGAGGAGUCCAAGGCCAGUCAGCGUCUCUCUAAGAGGGUCAAACGGAUGAUUGGGCGCAUGGACAAGAUCAUCCUGGAGCUGGAGAAGGACAAGACAAUCCUCGAUGGGCAGAUAGACAGUGGAAGCACGCCCCCUGUUGGAUUGUUCCUUACUAAACCUAGUGACGCUGCAAGUCUGUUCUACACCUUCAGGGAGAACCUCAUCAGCAUCGACGAGCUCAUUGGCAUCAUGAAGCAGAUCCAGAAUAUUCCUGAACACAAGCUGCUCAGCAUCGCCGAGGCCCUGGACGACAACAAGGAUGGGAAGGUUGACAUUGAUGACGUCAUCAAAGUAGUGGAACUGAUCGAUAAGGAGGACAUCGACAUUUCCACCUCCCAGGUGGCUGACAUCAUGGUGAUGCUGCAGAAGGAGGAGAAGCUGGUGGGGAAGGAGAAGGCUAAAGAGAAGAAGCAGGAACAGGCAGCUACGCUCAACAGCUGAGUGAUGUUUGAGACGGAGGUGGUGUAAAGACUGUGGACCAUGAAUGUAAAGAAGUGGAGGAGGAGAAGAUUUGACAGGGUAAAAGUCUGAAUUCCUGAAAGAAGGUCAGAUCCUUGAAUAUAAUUUAAAAAUAUUGUAUUUAAAAUGCACACAUGGGGAAAAAAAAAAAACUAGCGCCAUGAUGUUGGCUGUUUUGGACUGAUUAUAUUAAUAUUUGCCUUUGUGUAAAUAAAGUGAACAGUUUAUUAUUGAGAGGGAACAGAGCAUCAGAGGACUGAGGACAUUUCUUUUCUUAACAGAUCUCACAUGUUAUGUGAGAAAAAUAAAGAAGUCAGUUUUUAAUUUUGCACAGAAGCAGACUCACCAUCAUCGCUCCGCCCUCCAUCCUCCGUCUGUCUGUCCCUCCACCACUCAGUCACUCGUUUGAUAAGAAUGGAACCUGAUGAGAUUGAAGAUUGUUUACAGUUGAUUAUUACUGAAACAUCAGUGGUGGCUGCAACUAAAGACUGCAUCAGACAUAACACAGACGAACGCAAAUAUACAAAGAUGCAGAGCUACAAAGAUACAAACUAAUUUCCUUCAAUAACAAGCAGCACUUUGUCAACAUUAUUAACAGGCCUGAAUUUACUGACUUCAACAUCAGUUAAAUCUAUUACUACAUAUUUCUUUAUUUUGUACAUCCAUAUAUUCAUCUCAUGUUUGUGCAGCUCUUUGUUUGUUUUCAGAUCUGUGUAAAAGACCAACACUGCUCUAAGACAAAUCCAGUUAAGUGUUCAGUUAUUUAAAUUAUUCAAAAUUCUCCCAGAAAGGUAAAAAUCACGCACACACACACACACAUAAAGUGACAGUGUUUAAAUUACAUUUUAGGUUUGUAUUCUAAGAUUUGAAAAAAAAAAAAAAAAAAAAAAAACCUCAGAAACUCAGAAGACGUGUUUGUCUUCAGGCCUGUCACAGUCUCUCUUGUGUUGUCGACCUUCUUGUCUGCUGAAGAGCUGAGGUGUAAACACAGAUGACAGAGUGGUUCUGGAGAUAACCUGGAGUACACCAACAUCCACCCUCCUUGCAGACCACCCUCCCCUUUGGUCUUAGUCUUCAGUCCUGGAGUCUUGGGUGAUUAGCAACACAUUCGUCUUCAUCAGGUCAUCAGUCU